UGUAAAACAAACUUAGGUCUUAGCGUUUAAGUGAUAAACUCCGAAAAACCCAAACCCAAACCCAAAUCCAACCCUUUCUUUUGUCUCUCAACCCAAACAGAUUGAAUCAAGACUCAUGUUACAGCUUGACAUUUGAUUCAUGCUUUUCACUUUCUUUCUUUUUGUCUCCCAAUUUUAUAAUUUGUUUUCCUGCUAAAGGGAAGUAAUAUAACGGCAGUUGGAAAGGAAGAGUUUUGCUUGAUGGGCGUUUUGUCAAAUUUAAGAGGGUCGAGAACUGCAACAGCUGGAGAAGGAUUACCUUUAUCUAAUGGGUUAUCAUUCCCGGCAUCGUCAUCCUCGUCGGUUUUUGUUCCUAAGAAGAAAUGGUCAAAUUUUUUGCCUGUGUUUGUUGUUCUUGUGGUUAUAGCCGAGAUUGCCUUUUUGGGUCGCUUUGACAUGGCAAAAAAUGCAGCUCUAGUUGAUUGGGCUGAUAGGUUAUUUUUUAAGUCAUCUUCAUUGGGUGAUUCAGGUUUCCACAGUGAAGGUAUUGAACAGGAAUUGGGAGGUCUUCAGAAGAAUGAAGGAUAUUUAGACUCAAAUAGUUGUGAGGAGUGGUUAGAGAAAGAGGACGCAGUGGUUUACAAAAGGGAUUUUAAUAAAGAUCCUAUCUCGGUUAUUAGUGAUCAGAAGGAGUCAAAGACUUGUUCUGUGGGAUGCCAGUUUGGAUUGGACUCCAAUAGAGCUCCUGAUGCGAUAUUUGGUUCAACUGGCCAUGGAGAAACACCUUGUGUGCACAGAUCAAUGGAAUCAGCUCAGAACUAUGAGGAGAACAAUAUUGCAGUGGCACGACGGAUUGGUUUCAAUAUUGUAAUGACAACUAGCCUUUCAUCAGAUGUUCCAGUUGGAUAUUUUUCCUGGACAGAGUAUGAUAUCAUGGCACCAAUGCAGCCAAAGACUGAAAAAGCACUUGCAGCUGCUUUCAUUUCCAACUGUCGUGCACGUAACUUUCGAUUGGAAGCUCUCAAAGAACUUGAAAAGGCAAAAAUCGGAAUAGAUUCUUAUGGUGAUUGCCAUCAGAACCGUGAUGGAAACGUGGACAAAGUAGAGACUUUGAAACACUAUAAAUUUAGCUUUGCUUUUGAGAAUUCAAAUGAGGAGGAUUAUGUCACCGAAAAAUUCUUCCAGUCUCUUGUUGCUGGAACUAUCCCUGUGGUUGUUGGUGCUCCAAAUAUUCAAGAUUUUGCUCCUGCUCCUGGGUCAGUUUUACUUAUUAAGGAGCUAGAAGAUGUUGAGUCAAUUGCAAAAACUAUGAAGUACCUUGCAGAAAAUCCUGAUGCAUACAAUCAUUCAUUGAGGUGGAAGUAUGAGGGCCCAUCUGAUUCUUUCAAGGCCCUAGUUGAUAUGGCAGCUGUACACUCAUCAUGCCGCCUUUGCAUUCACUUGGCAACUAUGAUUCGACAGAAAGAGGAACGUAGCCCUGGGUUUAAGAAACGUCCCUGCAGGUGCACUAGAGGCUCAGAGACUCUCUAUCAUUUAUAUGUAAGAGAAAGAGGAAGGUUUGAGAUGGUCUCCAUAUUCUUGAGGUCUGGGAAUUUAACCCUAAACGCGCUGGAGUCUGAAGUGUUGAAGAAGUUCAAUUCUAUGAAACACAUACCAGUUUGGAAGGAGGAAAGACCAGAAAGCUUAAGAGGAGGUGAUUAUAAAGUCUACAGAAUAUACCCAGUAGGCAUGACACAGAGGCAGGCUUUAUAUACAUUCAGAUUCAAUGGGGAUGCUGAUUUCCAGAAUCAUUUGGAAAUCAACCCUUGUGCCAAGUUUGAAGUGAUAUUUGUCUAGGAUAACCAGCAUUCGUCACCAGCUUCUGCUGCAACUGUAUAUAUCUGUUUGAGAGGUCAAGAUCGGGGUGGGAUUGAUUUAUUUGAGUUCGAGAAUAGUGGCUUUUAUUUUUGGCCUUAGAUAAAAAGUGAAUCAUUGAUAAAAAGUCGUUUGUUUAUUUAUUUAUUUAUACAAUUAGCUUUUAUUGAUGCUUAAA